AUGGCUGACCAGCCGGGCGCGACGAUGGCCAUGAAGCUGGAGCUCCAAGAUGGCAAGGCCUUCGAGGGCUUCAGCUUCGGUGCAAACCGGAGCAUCGCCGGCGAGCUCGUCUUCCAGACGGGCAUGGUUGGUUACCCCGAGUCCCUCACUGACCCCUCCUACCGCGGGCAGAUUCUGGUCAUCACCUACCCGCUCGUCGGUAACUACGGUGUGCCCGACCGCAAGGAGCGGGACCCCCUCCUGAAGGACCUCCCCGCCUACUUCGAGUCCGAUGAAGCCCACAUCGCCGGUCUCGUCGUUCUCUCCUACUCAGGAGAGAACUGGUCCAACCACCUCGCCAACAGCUCGCUCGGCGACUGGCUGAAGGAGCAGGGCAUUCCCGCCAUGUACGGCGUCGACACCAGGGAAUUGACCAAGAUCAUCCGUCAGGAGGGUAGCAUGCUUGGCCGCAUGCUGCUCGAGGCUCAGACCAAUGGCGACGCCGUUGCUUCCGACAGUGUUGUUUACGAAGAGAUACCCUGGGUCAACCCCAACGAGAAGAACCUGGUGGCAGAAGUCUCUAGGAAGACCCCCACCACCUACUACCCCGAGCCCUCGACCGCAUUGAAGCACCCUUCCGGCCGCAAUGUGAAGAUCCUUACAGUCGACGUUGGUCUGAAGUUCAACCAGCUCCGCUGCCUCGUGAAGAGGGGAGUCGAGGUCGAGGUCGUCCCGUGGGACUAUGACUUCCCUAAGCUUGCCGGCAAGGAGUACGACGGCCUGUUCAUUUCGAACGGUCCCGGUGACCCUGCCCUGAUGGAUGCCACUGUCAAGCACAUUUCUGCUGCGCUGGAAGAGGCCAGGACACCCAUCUUCGGUAUUUGCUUGGGCCACCAGCUGCUCGCCCGUGCUGCUGGUGCUUCGACCAAGAAGCUGAAGUUCGGUAACCGUGGUGCCAACAUUCCCUGCACCAGCAUGGUCUCCGGACGCUGCUACAUCACCUCCCAGAACCACGGUUACGCCGUUGACGCCUCCACCUUGAGCGGAGGAUGGGAGGAGCUCUUCGUCAACGCCAACGACGGCACCAACGAGGGUAUCCGCCAUGUUAGCAGGCCCUACUUCUCGGUGCAGUUCCACCCCGAGCACGCUCCCGGUCCCCAGGACACCGAGUUCCUCUUCGACGUCUUCAUCAAUGCCGUCGUGAAGGCACUCAAGGAGCCUGAGACUCUCAACAAGCCCGUUCAGUUCCCCGGCGGCGACAUUGAGGACAACCGGAAGCUGCACCCUCGUGUCAACGUCAAGAAGGUCCUUGUUCUCGGCAGUGGUGGUCUCAGCAUUGGCCAGGCCGGCGAGUUCGACUACUCUGGUAGUCAAGCUAUCAAGGCGCUCAAGGAGGAGGGCAUCUACACCAUCCUGAUCAACCCCAACAUCGCUACCAUUCAGACCUCCAAGGGUCUUGCCGACAAGGUCUACUUCCUGCCUGUCAAUGCCGACUUCGUCCGCAAGGUCAUCAAGCAGGAGCGCCCGGAUGCCAUCUACGUCACCUUUGGUGGCCAGACUGCGCUCCAGGUUGGUAUCCAGCUCAAGGACGAGUUUGAGCAGCUCGGUGUCAAGGUCCUGGGUACUCCUAUUAACACCAUCAUCACUACCGAGGACCGUGAGCUCUUCGCUCGUAGCAUGGAGUCCAUUGGCGAGAAGUGUGCCAAGUCCGCGUCUGCCAGCUCUGUUGAAGAGGCCAUGUCGGUUGUUGGUGACAUCGGCUUCCCGGUUAUCGUUCGCGCUGCUUACGCUCUUGGUGGUCUGGGCAGUGGUUUCGCCGAAGAUGAGGCACAGCUGCUCGACCUCUGCAACAAGGCCUUUGCUGCCAGCCCGCAGGUGCUCAUCGAGCGCAGUAUGAAGGGCUGGAAGGAAAUCGAGUAUGAGGUCGUUCGUGAUGCCCACGACAACUGCAUCACUGUCUGCAACAUGGAGAACUUUGACCCUCUCGGCAUUCACACCGGUGACUCCAUUGUCGUUGCUCCUUCGCAGACGCUGUCGAACGAGGACUACAACAUGCUCCGCACCACGGCUGUGAACGUCAUCAGGCACCUCGGCGUUGUGGGAGAGUGCAACAUCCAGUAUGCUCUCAACCCCUUCUCGAAGGAGUACUGCAUUAUCGAGGUCAAUGCUCGUCUUUCCCGUUCCUCGGCAUUGGCCUCCAAGGCUACCGGCUACCCUCUGGCAUUCAUUGCUGCCAAGCUGGGUCUUAACAUUCCUUUGAACGAGAUCCGCAACACUGUCACCAAGGUCACCUGCGCCUGUUUCGAGCCCUCCCUCGACUACUGCGUUGUCAAGAUCCCUCGUUGGGAUCUGAAGAAGUUCACCCGUGUCUCGACGCUUCUUGGCUCGUCUAUGAAGAGUGUUGGUGAGGUCAUGGCUAUUGGAAAGACGUUCGAAGAGGCCAUCCAAAAGGCUAUUCGCGCUGUCGAUGUCCACAACACCGGUUUCAACGAGACCCCCUUGGCCCUGAUGUCCAUUGACCAGGAGCUUCAGACGCCGUCUGACCAGAGACUGUUCGCCAUUGCCAACGCGAUGCACUCUGGCUACACUGUCGACAAGAUCUGGGAGCUGACCAAGAUCGACAAGUGGUUCUUGAGGAAGCUGAAGGACCUCAGUGACUUCGGCAAGCUUAUGACCAACUAUAACCGGAGCAACAUCUCGCGUGAGCUCUUCGUCAGGGCCAAGGCUCUUGGUUUCUCUGAUCGUCAGCUUGCCAGCUUCUGGAACUCCAACGAGCUCGCCGUCCGCCAGGCUCGUGUCGACUUUGACAUCUUCCCCUGGGUCAAGCAGAUCGAUACUGUUGCUGCUGAGUUCCCGGCCUUCACGAACUAUCUCUACACCACCUACAACGGUUCGGCACACGACAUUGAUUUCAAUGACCGUGGUGUCAUGGUUCUUGGCUCCGGUGUCUACCGCAUUGGUUCGUCCGUCGAGUUCGACUGGUGCUCCGUCCGUGCCAUCCGCACCCUCAGAGAGGCCGGCCACAAGACCGUCAUGGUAAAUUACAACCCGGAGACCGUAAGCACAGAUUACGAUGAGGCCGACAGGCUGUACUUCGAGACCAUCAACCUGGAGACGAUUCUGGACAUCUACCAUCUCGAGAGCUCGAGCGGAGUCAUCAUCUCCAUGGGUGGCCAGACGCCGAACAACAUCGCCCUUCCCCUGCACCGCAUGAACGUCAGGAUCCUGGGCACCUCGCCUGAGAUGAUCGACACGGCCGAGAACCGUUACAAGUUCUCGCGUAUGCUUGACCGCAUCUCGGUCGAUCAGCCUGCGUGGAAGGAGCUCACCAGCUUCGAGGAGGCUGAGGAGUUCUGCGACAAGGUGUCCUACCCGGUGCUUGUGCGUCCGUCUUACGUGCUGUCGGGUGCUGCCAUGAACACGGUCUACUCCAAGGCUGAUCUCGAGAACUACCUGAAGCAAGCCACCGAGGUUUCCCGCGACCACCCUGUCGUCAUCACGAAGUACAUCGAGGGCGCCAAGGAAAUCGAGAUGGAUGCCGUCGCUCGCAACGGUACCAUGAUCGGUCACUUCAUCUCCGAGCACGUCGAGAACGCCGGUGUCCACUCCGGUGACGCGACCCUGAUUCUUCCGCCGCAGGACUUGGACCCUGAGACUGUCCGCCGCAUUGAAGACGCUACCCGCAAGAUCGGUAACGCGCUCAACGUCACUGGUCCCUUCAACAUCCAGUUCAUUGCGAAGGACAACGAUAUCAAGGUCAUCGAGUGCAACGUUCGCGCUUCCCGCUCGUUCCCCUUCGUUUCGAAGGUCAUGGGCGUCGACCUCAUCGAGAUGGCUACCAAGGCCAUGGCUGGCUUGCCCGUUGUUGAGUACCCUGAGGUGAACAUUCCUUCCGACUACGUUGGUGUCAAGGUUCCCCAGUUCUCCUUCUCUCGUCUUUCUGGUGCCGAUCCUGUUCUUGGUGUGGAGAUGGCUUCUACUGGUGAGGUUGCUUGCUUUGGCCGUACCAAGUAUGAAGCGUACAUCAAGGCUUUGAUCUCUACCGGCUUCAGGCUGCCCAACAAGAACAUCCUCCUGUCCAUCGGAUCGUUCAAGGACAAGCUGGAGAUGCUUCCCUCCAUUCAGCGCCUCCACGAGCUGGGCUUUAACCUCUUCGCCACCGCCGGUACCGCCGACUACAUUGUGGAGCACGGCAUUCCUUGCAAAUUCUUGGAAGUCCUUGGUGGUUCCGAUGCUGAGGCCGACCAGAAGCCGGAGUACUCGCUCACUCAGCACUUGUCGAACAACCUGAUCGAUCUCUACAUCAACCUGCCGUCGAGCAACCGCUUCCGCAGACCCGCCAACUACAUGAGUAGAGGUUACAGGACUCGCAGAAUGGCCGUCGACUACCAGACUCCUCUGGUUACCAACGUGAAGAACGCUAAGCUUCUUAUCGAGGCUCUCGCUCGUCACUAUGACCUGGAGAUCAGCAAGGUUGACUACCAGAACUUCUCUGCCGAGAGGAGGGACAGCCAGAUCGUGCCGCACGGCUUGGGCAAGCCGCGUGGUGACUUGACUCUUGGCCAGCUCCUCGCCAGGUCUCCUUUCAAGGGCCAGCACGUCGUCUCGGUCAAGCAGGUCACCCGCAGCGAUUUGCACUUGCUUUUCACUGUCGCCCAGGAGAUGCGUCUGGGUGCUCAACGCCAGGGUGGUCUUGACGUUCUUAAGGGUAAGGUCCUCUGCACCAUGUUCUACGAGCCCUCGACCCGGACUUCGGCUUCAUUCGAUGCUGCCAUGAAGCGUCUCGGCGGCUCCGUCGUCGCUAUCAGCGAGGCGACCUCCAGCACCAAGAAGGGUGAGUCCCUCGAAGACACCAUCCGUACGCUUGCCUGCUACGGAGAUGCCAUCGUGCUGCGCCACCCUGAGGCCGAGUCGGUCCACGAUGCUGCCAAGGUCGCGGGUGUCCCCAUCAUCAACGCCGGCAACGGUAGCAAGGAGCACCCUACGCAGGCAUUCCUGGACCUGUUCACGAUCCGCGAGGAACUCGGUACCGUCAAGGGUCUCACUAUCACCUUCGUCGGUGACCUUCUGUACGGUCGUCCCACGCACUCGCUUUGCGAGCUUCUCAAGCACUACGACGACAUCAAGAUCCAACUCGUUUCGCCCGAGUCGCUUAGGAUGCCCGAGGAGAUCCGCGAGGUUCUGCAGCAGCGCGGCCAGCUGCUCACUGAGAGCUUCGAGCUCACGCCGGAGAUCGUUGCUCGCAGCGAUGUGCUCUACUGCACGCGUGUGCAGAAGGAGCGCUUCCCCGACCUCGAGCACUACGAGCGUGUCAAGGACAGCUUCGUCGUUGACAACGCUGUCAUGAAGAACGCCAAGGAACACAUGAUCGUCAUGCACCCUCUGCCUCGCAACAGGGAGAUCCCUGAGGAGGUCGACACCGACCCGAGGGCUGCAUACUUCAGACAGAUGAGAUACGGGCUCUACACUCGCAUGGCUUUGUUGGCUUUGGUGUUGGCUCCGUAG